AUGCCAGCACCCACGGCACGGAUCAGGUACCCAGAGGAUGCCGCUGACAAUUAUCAGACCUCCGUAGGGUCUCAGAUUCCCCCUCAGCAUGAAGAAGACAUUUUAAUUGACACAAACGCAGUGGCGCCUACAGAACCCUCUUCACAAUCUAAACACCACCCCGAACAAAACCAAGAAGACACGGAAAUGCAAAUCGACCUCGAAGGCCGUCCCGUCUUCACUCCAGCAGCUUCAUCCGAAGGCGCUUACCGUGUAGAAACCCGCAAAGUCCCUGUUCCCCCGCAUCGCAUGACCCCUCUAAAAGCCACAUGGCCCAAAAUCUACCCCCCACUCGUCGAGCACCUAAAACUACAAGUACGCAUGAACAUCAAGAACCGCUCUGUCGAGCUGCGCACAUCGAAACACACAACAGAUGCGGGCGCGCUGCAGAAGGGCGAGGACUUUGUAAAAGCGUUCACGCUCGGGUUUGACGUCGACGACGCCAUCGCGCUGCUACGGCUAGAUGAUUUGUACAUCGAGACGUUUGAGAUAAAGGAUGUGAAGACGCUUGGUGGGGAGCAUUUGGGGCGUGCUAUAGGGCGGAUUGCGGGGAAAGAUGGCAAGACGAAGUUUGCGAUUGAAAAUGCGAGCCGGACUCGUGUCGUGCUUGCGGAUCAGAAGAUUCAUAUUCUGGGCGGGUUUCGGAAUAUCCAUGUUGCAAGGGAGGCAAUUGUUAGUUUGAUUUUGGGGAGUCCUCCGGGCAAGGUUUAUGGAAACUUACGGACUGUGGCAGCGCGGAUGAAAGAACGGUUUUGA